AUGUUUAAGCUGUUGCUGCUGUUGCUGGCCCAGUUGCUGCAAUCCACCUCUUCUGUCAGCACCGACACCUGCCCCACACACUGUAUCUGUCACCUGGAGUUCAAAUUUGCCACGUGUACCAGCGCUAAUCUUACUAAGUUGCCCCCCACCAUUCCUCCAUGUACAGAACACCUCGAUUUGUCAUUCAAUCAUUUGGAUUUCAUACAGCAUCGAGCUUUUCAAAACGUGCGGCGACUAAACACACUGCUCCUAAACGAUAACCGGAUCAGCGCAUUGGCCAGUGGUGCAUUCUUGCCACUGGAAUUUUUGCUAAAGCUCGACUUAAGUCACAAUAACAUUACUAUUUUGAACAAGGGGUUCUCUUCGGGCUUGUUCUCGCUCAGGGAGCUCUAUUUGGUUCAAAACCAGCUAUUGAUGGUGAACAAUGAGUGCUUCUUGCACCUCGAUUCCAUUCGGAAGCUCGACCUGCGCCAAAACAACAUCAGUUCCAUCCAGGUAAGAGCAUUCAGCUCUCUUAGCACUUUACGUCGAGUCUUCCUGGACAAUAACCAGAUCAGCAGUCUUGAAAAUAGGGUUUUCUCCAUGCUGAGAAACCUGGAGGAACUCGGUCUCAGCGGAAACCUCAUUGAACAUUUAGGAGUCGGUGUCCUCUCUCCACUUACUAGCUUGGCCUUGCUGAAUUUAGCAGAUAAUCAGCUAACACAGAUCGAUUUUAAGUCGUUCCUCAGCCUGCACACACGUAGCACACACAUUCGCCUCGAUGGGAAUCCUUGGACAUGCGAUUGUGACUUGCAGAGGGUUUUCCGGAAGCUACACAGCGUCCACAGGCUACUGCUGGAUGACUACGACAAUCUGACCUGCACCAAACCUGAGGAGCUCCGAGGCAGUGCACUUCUGGAUGUGGACAGUAAGCUUUGCUUUGCUGAGACGGUCACUGUUCUCAUGAUUACAGUUACUGUGUUGAUCACUGUUGUGGCCGCCAUCAUCAUGGCUGAGAAAAACAGGAAGCAUACGAAUAAAGGGAAGCACUGGACAGAGGUGAGCGAGGUCUCGUUUGACUCCCAGAAGAGUUUUUAA